UCUCAAUCGAAAAUCGAAAUUGUAAAAGUUAGGUUAUGUUACAAGUUCAACUGUGAUUGUGAACAUUGUUUGUUGAUAAAGCAAUAAAGUUUAAACAAAAACAGAGCACAAUGACCAUGAAUGACGACGAAUUGUUGAAUCGUUUUCUACAAAGUAAUCUUCCAGGUGGUCGAAAUGACAUCAGAAAUCCAAGUGAAGAUUUUGUUAUAAAUGUUAUAAAAUCAUUUUUUAAUCAAUUCUCAAUUGAUGCUGAUAAAAUAAUGGAUUUGACAGAAGAACAAUUGGAGGCAUUGUUAGUAACAUCAAAAGAAAAUGCACAAAUUGCAAGUAUUAUAAAUCUUCGUGAAGCAAUAAUGUCAAUUGGACCAAAAUUAUUUAUAAAAGAUUUAUCAAUAACAGACAUAACAACACCAACAGAAAAAAAAUUUAAAAAUCGUCUCAAAAUGAUUAUUAAUUUCAUAUUAUACGCAACACAGAAAAAAGAAGAAUUAAAAAUUGCAUCAGAUGAAAUAUUUAAACGUAGUAUCAACAUUGAAACUUUGAAUCAUCAAAAAGAAGGCAUGAUUGAAGAAAUGAAUGAUAUAGCUAAAGAAACUGCUCAAAAAAUGUCACAAAUUGAAAAAAUGAAAGCUGAUUGUGAAAAAAUUAAAUUAAGAAUUGAAAAAAAUAAAUCAUACGUCAAUAAUUUAGAAAAAGAUUGUCACAAAUUUGAGCAAAUAAAAAUUGACAAACGUGAUGAAUUAAAAAGAAAAAAAAUUGAAUUACAAAAAUUGGGUGAAAAAAAUGAAUUAUUAAAAUCACAAAUUGUCAAAAGUCCAGCAAAAUAUAAACAAUGGUUACAUGAAUUAACUGAAGAGCAAAAAAAUAAAGAUAUAAAAAAAGCUGAAUUAGAAAAAAAAGUUGUGACAUUCAAUGCAAAAGUACAAGAUUUCAAAGAUGCUCUCAAUAUUGUCAAAGAAGAAAGUAACAAAAUUGAGGAAUUCAAAGCAAUACAUGUUAAAUUAACAAAGGCUAAUGAAAAAAAUGAACAAUUAAAAUUAUCAAUUGAAGAUUCACAUAAACAAAUUAACAAUCAAAUAAGUUGUAAUGAUCAAAAUGGAAAAAUUGAUAAAGCUGAAGUCAGUAAAUGUAAUGUUGAAGUCACACAAAUAUUAAAGAAAUUACAUAAAGAUGUUACUGAUUUAACAAAUGAAAAGAAAAUGCUUGAAAAAGAAUUUGAAAUGACAGUAAAAAAAGAGAAUGAAAUAAUUAUUGAAAUUGAUAAUGGAAAAAAGAAAAUUUCACAAAUUGAUAGUGAUACUGAUGAAUUUUUAAAUCAAUUACAGCAAUUAUAUACAAACGAAAUGAAAAAUCUUGAUGAUACACAUAAUAAUAUAAAUACCAUCAAAAAUUUGAAAUCAAAAAAUGAUGACAGUAAAAAAAAAAGAGAAUGAAAUAAUUAUUGAAAUUGAUAAUGGAAAGAAGAAAAUUUCACAAAUUAGUAGUGAUACUGCUGAAUUUUUAAAACAAUGUCAGCAAUUAUAUACAAACGAAAAGAAAAAUCUUAAUGAUGCACAUGAUCAAAUAAAUACCAUCAAAAAUUUUAAAUCAAAAAAUGAUUGAAUUUAUAUUGCUUAUUCCAUAUAUUUAUUAUAAUUUUUUUUCAUACAU